CGGCCCGGCAAGUAAGCUCCUCACUUCAGAGCACCAGCUCAGCGAUGAUUUGGUGUGGAAAUCCACCUCUCCCCCAGGAACCCGCAGUGGUCAAGGAACCCACAAGCUUAUUAGCAUUCCGGAGCGAUGGUGCCUUCGGUCGUGUAUGGAUUCGCUUCUUGGUUGGGAAGAAUCACCGAUAAUUUUCUGAUUUGGGAGACAGGCACGAAUUGCAGUUGAUAUUAUUGCGUUGGGAGCGGGACUGCUCGGGUGUCCUUUUGAUUUGAAGUUCUGGAAAUCCAACGAACCCCGGAAUGUGUUUUAGAGCCUUAAACCUUACGAGAUGAUUCUCGUGCGCUUCUUGUACAGAUUGUCACCUCGUUGGAUUGAUUCUUCUCCGCAUUGGUAGUCUAUGAGUCGAUUGAAAGAGUUGGAAUUCAAUCACGUGGUGGUGGAGUAGUUCAUCAGGAAGAUUUUCUUGUAGGGGUUUGAGGUUUUUUAGGUUUUAACCAUCGAGGCUUGAGUGGUUUAGUAUCGAUGGGUGUGAGCGGUUUUGAGGCGUUCUUGUGGAGUAGCAAUGUUGCCGCGACGCUUUGUAUACUGGAGCAUUGAGAGCCAGGGUUUGUUGGGUUUGGAGGCGAAUUUGUGAGUGAGAUCGCAAGGGAAGUGUAAGCAUGCAGUUUUGUAGUCUCCGAUGCUCAGGGGCUACGGCAUGGUGCGAUCAUUAUGAUGCUGUGCAGACGUGCGCGGUUGUGCUGCUUUACCUGCAGGUGGCUUGUGCACUAGUCGGAUCAUUGGGCGCUUUAUACACGGGCAUCGUGUUGGCCAACUUGGCACUCGCAUUUUUUGCCUUGAUUGCGAUUGAAAGUGGCAGCCAAAGCCUGGGUCGUGCAUAUGCUGGACUUUUAGGUCUUUCUCUCAUCUUGGACGUGGUCUGGUUUUGCCUUUUUACCAAUGAAAUCAGGCACUUCUGGAAUGAAACACAAGUGGGGAAGUUUGGGGUCUUCUCCUUGAAGCUAAUGUUCUGGAUGCAAGCAACAGGAAGUGGACUACGCUUCAUUUCGUCCUUUCUGUGGUGCCAAAUGUACAGACUGGGUGCGAUAUCAGGAACAUUGGCUGCACAACAACCCGUCGACUUCGAUGCCAGCACUUCUAUUCUAGGUGCUUACAGUCUUGAUGAUUACUCACUCAGGGUAGAUACAGAACCCGACAUGGUCGGAGGUUCAAUUUAUGAUCGCGCUGCCUAUUCUUCUCUCUUCAGAAGUUUCAGUCGUCAUGAGGACCUUACAGUUGAGAGAGUUGAGGACGGGAGUCAACUUCAGAGUGCGCUGCUGCACGAGGAGCCCUGAUUAGAGGCUGGGGACUGAACAAGCAUUUCUAUUCUGAUUUGCAAGAUGGAUUCAGCUACCGUCAAGUAUGGCUGCCGAAUGUUGGCCAUGGCAAUUGAUUCAUUCAGUCUGUCAAGUCAUGAUGCACUUGUCUCGCUCUAGGUCCGAGUUGGUUUAGCCAAUUUUUCUAUCCAGCAGGUUUGAUCUUCCACAAACACUCUUUUAUUGAGGGUCCUGAUAGAUUGUCAGAUGGUUGCUCUCCUUGAGAUCAAAGGGUUGAGUAUAAGAUUGCAACAUGUAGAAACCCUCAGAACAUGCUCAUAGAGAAAACUUGAUGUGCUAGCCUGGUCAAGUGUGUAGGUCGGAGGCGUGUUCAAGUGUGUAGGUCGGAGGAGUGUUGUCCUACAGGACAGCAAAUGUAUUUUAGAUUGGACACUUCCACAGACUGCCCAAAACUAGCAUCUUAGUGUUUUGUACAUGUUAACCUUUCAAAAGAAUUGGUCACAACCUGUCCAUGAAUUCUUUGAAGCACAGUUUUAUCUCUAGAUUGUACCAUUAGAUUGUAGCAAAAUCCAAUCCCAUGUUAUACUUUUCGAGCAUGAUGAGCUUUCAUGUACUGCUCAUUAAACAGAUGUUUGAUAAACAGAGGAUUUUCCAUCUUCAGCUUUA